CUAGGACCGGCUCCCCAGGGGAGAAACUUAUCUAGGAGUAAAGGAAAGAAGAACUUGAAGAUCUGGUCUGCCAUCGUGAGUGCAUCUCUCCCUGUGCAGCGGCCCCUUGCCUAACUCAUCCAUGCUGCCUGUUGCGGCAGCUGCCGAGCUCCUCACAUUCACCGGGCCGCCUUUGCGUCUUCAGCACUCUCUCAGCCGCCGUCACAGUCACAGGCUGCCUGCCCAUGCGCAUCUCUUCGCCGCUGCCUCUGAUGAGCCGAUUGGCCCUCCUGUCUGCAUCGUCGACACGGACACGUCAGGCAAGCAGUCCGCCCGGGAGAUCUCAGAGCGGUGCGGCAUUCCCCUGGCGACGGCUGACCAGUCAGAGUGCUCGUUUCUGCUGGAGUAUCGGUCGUCCGACGGGCAUCUGACGUUGAGGAGAAGAGGGGACUCUGUCAGAUCUGCGUUGAGUGUGGACUAUGUGGGCGGGCGGCUGGGCAGGCGGCUGGUGGGCGUGUCGAGGGGGCAGGGACCGAGGGAGAUGGUGGCAAAAGCCGUCACGUCAGCCAAGGUGAAGGCUCCGUGUGUGUGGGAUAUGACGGCAGGUGAGGAACACGAACACUGCAAGGCGUGUGAUGUGAUGGUUGUCAUGGGGUCCUGUAGGGCUGGGUCGUGAUGCUGCUGUGUUGGCUGCCGCUGGCUGCACCGUGCGCAUGUUGGAAAGACAUCCUGGACUCGCUGCAUUGCUCGAAGGUCGGUCACACAUGCACAUACAUAGCGGGCAUGACUCUGACCCCUGUUUGGUUGGCUCCUCCUUCAGAUGGUGUGCAGCGGUUGCAUCGUCACACUGACGCGAACACCCGCCCAGCAGCCGAUAGCCAGGGCAUCUUCCUUGACGGUACUCCUUCAGCCGCCCUUGUCCCUGGACCGGGGUUCAGCAAGCGGCUGUUGGGCUGCCACUGUAUGGACAGCUCGGGGCUGAUUAAGCCUGGUGAUCUGCAGCGAGAUGUGCCGUCUUGGAUGACGGACGAGCGGCCGGACGUGUGCUACCUGGACCCAAUGUUCCCGCCACGGACAAAAUCAGCCGAGGUACAUCGACAGGACAAGACACCACACCAGACAUAGGCAUGCUCUACUUGACUCUGUGUGCGUCAGGUGCGAAAGGAUCUUCGUCUGCUGCAAGACCUCCUCGGGCACUCGGACACGGACGCCGACCACGAGAUGCUUUUCCGCACGGCGCUGCGCCUGUGUCGGUGGCGUGUGGUGGUGAAGCGGCCUGCCUCUGGUCCACCACUGCUGGGUGUGCAGCCGUCCAUGUCUGUGAGAGGCAGAGAUACCAUCAACCGUUUCGAUGUGUACCUGAAAGAUGAGUUCGCGACGUGGGCUGAUGGGUGACAAGUCUGUCGGUUGGAGGGCGUUGGAUCCUGCGAGUGCUUGUCGAUAGUUCUGUGGUUCUGACGUUUGGUUGGAUCUUGCCAUGAGCAUUGAAGUUUGAAGCUGACGCUUUUCGCUCGACGGAAGCGGCUCUGUCGGUGAGGUGCCUGUGCUUGAAGCCUCGGUGCUCAGGUUACUGCUGACCCUUGCUUGUUGCACUUUGCUGGAUCUCUUGCGGCACCCCGCGAC